AUGGAGAAGAGACCACACUCUAUUCCCGAGCGAAGUGUCAAAGGAAUAAUGGAACGAUCAUUAGUUGACUUGAACCAAUUGCCAUUAGAUGUAAGUAAGGAACCAAAGAAUGAUGUGCCUCCACCUCUCCAUUUAACUAUUGAUUUGGCUUUCCCUAAUGAAGAUAUGGAAGUGCUCAAACAAAAAUAUAAGGUCUUGACCUCAUCAUCAUCAUCAUCAGCAUCAUCAUCAUCAUCAUCAUCAUCAUCAUCAUCAUCAUUUGUUAACAGCGAUUACUUCAAAAACUUAGGGUUUGAAGAUGGUUGUCCAACUAUGAUGCAUAUCAGAAAUAAAAAGAUUAAAAUGCCUAGAAACUCCAAACACGCUCUUGCUCGUUCUUUGUUCAAGGAACUCACUAAGAAAAAUGAGGGUGAAGAUUUGAUGGUGUCACUUUGUGAGCCUAUUGAAAGGAACAAUGAUCGAUCCAGUGUAAUUAGGAACAAGGGGAAGAAGAAGGUUCGUUUCAAUUGUGGUCCUCUUGAUGGGAUAUGGAAAAAGAAGCUUCUUCCAAAGAAGCGAAGUGGCAUAGUGAUAUUUGACAACGAGUACGAUGCUUGA